UUAUAUAGGAAACUCGUCUCAGCGUCCUGGCACACAUGGGCUGAUGGAUUUAUCUCUGGAGAUAGAGUUACAGGCUGCAGGCUCCCCCUCUCUUUCCCUCCCCUCCCCUCCUCGGCUUUCUUUUUAAAUUGUCCUGAGAGUGUGCAGCAGCUCUGCCCCAUGGUUUGGAUAUAAAGUGGUCUGCCUGUGAUUAUUGUGUCUGUACAGAGCGAAUGCAAGUGGCCAUGGCGGGCCCAGGCCCCAGCGGACUGGAGGUGCUGCUCUCAACGUUACAGGAUGCCAGCGACAGUGAAAGCACCCUGAAUAUUCUCAAUGUUUUGGACGAGCUGCUGUCUGCUGGCACUGACAGAAGGAUCCACUACAUGAUCAAGAAGGGAGGCAGUGAGGCUCUACUGAGGACCCUGGUGAACACGGGCUGCAGCCUCUCCCCCAACUCCACCAUCCUGGUUCCUCUGUUGCACCUCCUCGCCAAGGUUGGGCACAGAGACAAAAAGAUUGGCCACAAAGCCGAGAAAGCGGGGGCUGUUCUUCUGCCCCUGGACUUGCUGAGACAGAGCCUGAGCGAUGUGAAGACAGCCGCUGCCUGCCUAUGGCUGCUCAGGGUGUAUGCGUCCUGCGUUUCCACAGCUGCCCUGCUAGGUAAAAAUGGAGCUCUGGACGUUCAGUUUAAGCUCAUCACUCCCCACACCAAGAAACACACACGCUUGGUCAAGGCAGCAAUAGAUGCACUAGCAGCAUUGUUAAAUUCAAAGUGGAACUGCAGGCGCGCGGUAAGCCGAGGCUACGUGAACAGCCUGCUGAAUCUCUACGAGGACUGGCACAGCAACGACGCAGAAAACAAACACAUUCCCAUCCGGAGGGCACUCCUGCACUGCCUCCGACACCUCACCAACCUCCCAGAGGGCCGACGGGCCCUGGAGCAGGACGGGGGCAUGGAGAUCCUCUUCCAGACCACACAGGCCUGCCUGGCAAGCAGAGGUCUGGAAUCACUUGCAAAGUCUGCCACCCAGAUCAUGCGAAAGUGUUACCCCAAGCAGCCCCUUCCUCUACUGAGCGAUCGGAGCACCUACUCCUUCCCCUUGCCUGGCUGCCCUGCCUCCAAACCGGACAGCGCCCCCACAUCGGAGGAUAAUAAUUUGGAAGAAGAAAGCGAUGAAGAAGACACAGAAAUUGAUGAUUUGGACAGAGAAGAAGACGAUGAUCUGGAGACUGACUUGACGAAGCUUCGUACGCGACCAGAGCCUGACCGCCCCCUAGAGGAGCUGGGCCAGUAUGCCAGGCUCUGCCCUGAACUUCACUACGACUUCCAGGAUCUGGACUCAGACCCAGACGGAGAGGAGAGCUCUGAUGAGGAUGGCUUCCUGUACAGUGACGCUGGUCCAGGCCCAAGAUUCUUCUCUGGGGGUAGACGAGAGGACCAGCGGUCCCCUGGCUCUGAGAACCAGGGAGACCCUGGAGGGGAGGGGAACAGCUCUUGUCAAGCAGGCAGCAGCGGGGGUCCCGAACCCCAGCUCAACCCUAGAGACUUCCACAGCCAGUACCUGAGCAGCGGGAGAGCUGGACACGAGAUCCCCAGUAUGAUUGAACGGCUGCUGGAGAAGCACCGGGGCUGUAUCCCCGGCCAUGACCCCCAGGUCUACACCACCACAGCCGCCAACACCAAAUCCAUUGCCGGGUACUCCGUCCUCGCCUUCCCGGAUUUCUGGGGGCACCUCCCGCCACCCUACCGGCAACCAAUGGCACAGCGUAGACAGGGAGUGCAGAGAAGCAAAGUGUUUGAAGACAUCCAGAGGUUACUCAGUCCUGCAGAUGUUGUUGACAAAGUCGUGUUUGAUUUGGAAGCUCCCAGCUCUCAGGACACUGCUGAAGAUUCAGACUCUCUGCGCUUCUACUCCAAAUUUGAGUCAGGGAAUCUCCGGAAAGCCAUUCAAGUCCGCAGCUACGAGUACGAUGUGAUUCUGAACUCAGAUGUCAACUGCUCCCACUACCACCAUUGGUUUUAUUUCGAGGUCAGUGGGAUGAAGGCGGGGGUUCCCUAUCGCUUCAACAUCAUCAACUGUGAGAAAGCCAACAGCCAGUUCAACUACGGGAUGCAGCCAGUCCUGUACUCAGUACGAGAAGCUCUGGAGGGCAACCCUCACUGGGUCAGAGCGGGCAGCGACAUCUGUUACUACAAGAACCACUUUUCUCAAAGCUCGUUACCAGGCAGGGGACAGAAAGGUCGCACAUACUACACUCUGACCUUCAGUGUGACCUUCCAGCACAGCGAGGACGUCUGCUACCUGGCCUACCACUAUCCCUACACCUACAGUGCUCUGCAGAUGCAGCUGCAGUGCUUGCAGCGCUCGCUGGACCCCCUGAAGGUGUUCUUCCAGCAUCAGACCCUGUGCGAGACGCUGGCAGGGAACCCCUGCCCCAUCAUCACCAUCACCGCCCAGCCCCUGUCACGCAGCUGGAACCACUUGCACCAGUUCCGUAACCGUCCCUGCGUGCUGCUGACGGCCCGUGUUCACCCCGGAGAGAGCAAUGCCAGCUGGGUGAUGAAGGGUACUCUGGAGUUCCUCUGCAGCAGUCACCCUGUGGCGGAGAGUCUGCGAGACGCAUACAUCUUCAAGAUCAUCCCUAUGCUCAACCCUGACGGGGUCAUCAACGGCACGCAUCGCUGCUCCCUGAGUGGAGAGGAUCUGAACAGACAAUGGAUGAAGCCAGACCUGAAGUUGAGCCCCACAAUCUACCAUGCUAAGGGCUUUCUCUACUACCUCAAUAGUAUUGGGAGGACUCCGCUGGUAUUCUGUGAUUAUCAUGGACACUCACGGAAGAAGAAUGUCUUCUUGUAUGGCUGCAGCAUCAAGGAGACAUUAUGGCAGUCUGGCUCCACUGUCAACACUAUGGCACUGAAGGAGGACCCUGGAUACCGGACUCUUCCCAAAAUCCUGGACAAGAUAGCGCCAGCAUUUGCCUUCCAGAGCUGCAGUUUCCUGGUGGAGAAGUCUCGGGCAUCAACGGCGCGGGUGGUCGUGUGGAGAGAGAUGGGGGUGGUGAGGAGCUACACCAUGGAGAGCACCUACUGCGGCUGUGACCAGGGGCUCUACAAGGGUCUGCAGAUUGGAACUCAAGAGCUGGAGGAGAUGGGCUCCAAGCUGUGCCAGGGUCUUCUAGCUCUGAAGAGGAAUUCUCUGCUCUACAGCAAGCUAAUCAUCCCUGCGUCUGCACUCGGAGAACUCAGUGACAACCGCCUGGAUCACAAGUCCAACAGCGUGUUUGAAGAUGACGAGCCCCCCUGUGAGGAGGAGAUCGAGUACCACAGUGACGUCUGUUCUGAGCACGGCGCAGACAGCAGUGAGCUCGACGCCGAGGUCAACGGGGGUGGGAACGACUCAGAAGAGGACCCGCUCCAGUAUGGCCUGAAGACCCCUGACAGGAAGUCCUGUCUUUCAGCACAGCUGCUAAGGAAACCCUCUGUGGAGGUCGUCACGGUUACCCUCAGCUCGCACAAGAGCUUCAACAGCUCUAAGAGCCACUGCCUGAAUUCAGAUCUAGCUCACAUAGAAUAGCUUAAAGGAUGGAGCUCAGAUCUGGAUUCAGAUCUAGCACAUGUAGAGUAGCUUAAAGGAUGGAGCUCAGAUCUGGAAUCAGAUCUAGCACAUGUAGAGUAGCUUAAAGGAUGGAGCUCAGAUCUGGAAUCAGAUCUAGCUCACGCAGAGUAGCUUUAAAGGAUGGAGCUCUCUUUGUAAGAAUGGGUUUUCAGUUGUUGGCAUAGGGGUUUACUUGAGUAACUUUUGGAAGUCUAUUUAUUUUCCGCUGGAUAUUUCUAUGGCAGGGGUCUCCAACCCUGAUCCUGGAGACCCUCCAUCCAACAGGUUUUCUAGGUAUCUUUACAUCAUCAGUGGCUAAAGAUCUGGAACACCUGUUAAUCUUGACUAAUUAAGCCAAUAAUUGGUUCAA